AUGCAAAGGGAGAUACAUCCUACGAUCCUCUCUUCUUUGGAAGGCAUUGUCGACCAGAUGGUAUGGUUCCGUGAAAAUUGGUAUGAGGAGGUUUUACGACAAUUACAUCAGGGAUUAGCAAAGUGUAAUGCGGUUGCGUUUGAAAAUCGUGGAGCAGCUCACUUUAUCUUUCAACCUGAUUGGUGGGAAGAGAAGGAUUUGUUUUUCUCUGUUUCUUCAACAAGGACAUAUCAUUUCCCUUUGUGGGUCUUUUGUGCCCUCCAGUCCCCUUCAUGGGGCUUUUGUGCCCUCCAGUCCCCUUCGUGGGGCUUUUGUGCCCUCUACUCCUCUUUGUGGGGCUUUUGUGCCCUCCAGUCCCCUUCAAUACCUAUACUAUUUUUUAUACCCCUAAGAAGCAUACAUGAACAGUCUCUCUCUCUCUCUCUCUCUCUCUCUCUCUCUUUCACUUGCCCACUGUCCUAUCUUGCAUUUGCCUCUUUGGUUGUAUAA